AUGGCUCCCGAUCCGAAGCGAAACAAGGAGGCCGAGGAGGCCCGCCUCAGGGCGUUACAGAUGGCGGAUCUGGGCACCGCCCGUCGGGAAUACAUCUCGACCACAGAUGACACUCGCCAGCGUAUCGCGGCGAUGGGCGAAAUUGAGCGCCAUCGGCACUCAAAUAUUGCUGGUACAGUCGAACAGCGGCGGGCUCAGCAGAACCAAGCCUCCUUGAGUGCAUGGACAAACUUUCACAGAACUGCCGCCGACACUGGCAGGGUAGAGCAGCUGGAUGAUCUCAUGCAUGGCCAGAGCCACCGUGCUCAACUCAAUGCAUCACUGCACGGAAAUGAGGUUCCCCGGCAUCCCGCAGAAACGCUAUCCAUGUUGGUGCACACUUCCCGGCUUUUGGCGGGCCAGCCAGACGAGAUCCUGCGCUGGAUUCCAAUAAUCCAGAUGAUCCAGCCUCCCGUCCAACUCGAGGCCGGGAGGCACAACGUCGCCAUAGUAGUCGAGACACCCACGCCACUCAUAGGGCCAGAUUGCCCGAGAUCAGACCGAGAAAACCUGCACCCGCACCUGCACCCACCCAACGCUCGAGCAUCGUUUCCUCUGCCUUCAGUCUCCUCCGGGGCAUCAUCAGGCUUACCUUCAAAGCCUCCCACGGUGCCCAAGGCCAUGGCCCCCAAGCCGGCAAUGACUCCUAAUCGGGCCACUACUCCCAAGCUUGUCAUGACCCCCAAGGCUGCCGCGACUCCCAAGGUCAUGGCUCCCAAUCAUGUCAUAGCCCCCAAGCCUGUGAUGACUCCGCAGUCUGCUGUGGCACCCAAGCCUGCCACAAAUCCCAAGGCUGUCCAGAAAUCGUCACUUGCUGAUUCGAUGUUUGCCACUCCUGCAUCUUCUACUCCAGUCGCAAGUGCCGCUGAACAUGUUCCUGGCUCCUCAACCCCAUCUCGUCGUACUGUACCUCUCGAGAAGACCGCUGGCUUUAGCAGUCGUGCAAAGGCGGCUCGUCCAAAGCCAAGUGACAAGCCAAGGCCAAUUUAUGAGCGACAGAAGGGGAAAGAGAGGGAGGAACCAACUGCGGUUCUUUUGGAUAUUGACGAGGAUGAGGAAGUGAACGCCGAAACGGAAACGCAUAUUCGGAACUUGUUGCUUACCCCCGGCAUGGCAGAGCUAACAGGAAUUACUUUCCCCACGGAAGACGAGUCCCAUUUGUUCUCGAGCGAUGAUGUCCAAGCGUACAUUGCGCAGCAAAUUUUGGAACUUCUCGGUAACUGCUCCGGCUAUCUCCAGGAUCGCGUAGGAUCUUCCCGAGCCGCACACCUACUUGACCCGAUAUUGGGACCGCUGAAGGCCACGAGUCUGGGCGUUAUUGAAGCGAUCUCGAAAAAAGUGGUUGAGGAGAUCCACCGGACGCAUCUAAAAGCUUUGAGGCCUCCAGAAGAAGAGGCUGCACCUGGACCUUCCACUCCCGCCCCAAGCCAGGAUCAGCGCCUUGCGUUACGAAAGACAGAGUCAGUGGCCCCAGAGCUCGAGACGGAUCAGCUCGGAAAGACUAGCAUCUUUGACAAUUAUCGCACUCCACCCCGAAGUGCUUCGGCAACUGUCACCGACUCUUCCGAUGAGAAGGAGCAGCGCAAUAUCGAUGCAGCGUCAUUCCUGUCCCCCAAGAAGAGGGUUGUUCCUCCUGACUUACCGACCAUGGAAUUUGAAUCACUGCGAGUUUCUGAGGGUGGAAACGUUCGAACCGCGCCAGGUGAACCCCUGUCGCUCUUGGACAUGGACAUAAAUCCGACCCCAUCCAAGCAAGUGAUCGCCAAGACUGCUACGAAACCACCAAUUCUUGGAUCUAUGGAGAGUCCAAUGUUCGCAGCUCCUUCGAAUGCGCCGUAUCAACUCAAUAAAGCAAAGGCUGGCACUACCUCUGAGGAGAACACCACCAUAUCCAAGGCCCCACGGGGUGCUCCAGUUUCUCAGACGAUUGUUCGAAGCGAAGGACCAAGCCGGUCUGUGUCCGAGGUACAGCGGCCCACCUUGGUUCAAAGUAGCUCAAACAUUCGUAAAGAGGCAUCCGCCAAGGGAGCAUCGCCCAGGGCAGAAUCCAGCUCGCCACCACACGCGAUGAAGUCUCGAGUUCUGUCAGGGGGUAUCGAACACAGCAAGUGGGCUGACCCGGCACUCAUAAGACCUGCACCAUUUUCAACGCCACAAGCGCAACCACAGCAGCGACCUCGGACGGAGUUGAUGUCUUCGCGUCAUUCCAGCAUAGAGGAUUCGACGAAGCCCAAGGUCACGUUGUUGGGUCCACCUCCUUACAUGCCUAAGCGCAAGUGA